AAAUUCGAAGCGAUUCUUUUUCGUGUGCUCUAGUCGAAAGUUCCAAAAUUUCCGCGCAUCCCUCCCCCACAGCGAAAGAUUUCUGCGAGCGCAGAUUCCAGGGUUAUACUCGGCGUGUGUCGAGAAAAGUGCGUGAAACUCGAUAAAGCUCCAGACUACGUCCACUCCCAAGAAGAAGUGGCGGAAAUAUAUUCAUUUCCGCCAAACAGAUGAUAAGAUAAGACAGAGCAGAAGAGCAAACGAAGAGGUGGCCACGUAGAGGUGACUCAAGAAAAGAGGUGGAAACAACGCUUCCAAGGAAACAACAAAAACAAUAACAGCAACAACUGUGAUCCCCCAUACACUCCCCGGCACAUGCGAACCCCACGGCAAUGGAAUUUAGUGUGACCAGGACAAUACCGAUUGAAAAUAUUAGACCAAAGCAUCGGCCCACUGGCCACUGAGAGGAAGGAGACAAUGCGUAGCGGGCGAUUCAACGCCCAACGGCAAAAGCAGGAGCAGGCAGAGCAGGAGCCUGCGAACCUGGAUGAGGAGCCAGAGCUGGAUGCAGACUCCGAGACAGAGCAGGAAUCGGGGACGGAGACGGAGCCCGAACUGCAGCUGGAGGCGCAGCCAGUGGCUAGCGGGCGACUGAUCUGCACGCAUAUAAGGCCAGAGCCCGAGCCAGAAUCGGGCGAGCAGACGGACACACAGAGCACGGACAGCAACAGCUCCACGCCCACAACAGCAGAUGUGGCUGACGAGGGAGAUGGGGAGACCGUCAGCUCACUGCCGCUGUCCCCGCCCAUCUGCGGACGCGGGCAGUUGAACAAGCGACAUUCACCGCUCAAGCGGCUGCAUGCGGACAACCGAUCGGCCUCCAUAGCCACCACCACAAGCACGAGCACCAGCACGACGCCGAGCAGCGGGAUCAAUCAGCCAGAUCUGGACAAUGUGCCCACGCAGUCAUCGCGCUACGCGGCUCAUCCGAGUAACUUUGUGGAGACAGCAAUCACCGCAUCGUCACUGGCCAGCUCUUCCCGGCCGGGCGGUGGCGGUGUGUCGGGCAGCGCGCAUCGCCGCACCCACUCGGCCGCCUCCUACAUUUCCAUGCGGUCGCUGGCUCCAGGCGCAGAUCCGCCAUUGGAGCGGGGCAAGCGGAAUCGAUGCAGUCGCUGGAUACGCUACGCGUGCAACGUGUGCUGCUGCAAGAGUUCCGGAAUAGGCGAGCCGAGUGUUCAUCAUGCGCUGGUUGUGAUAUUUCUAGAGUUCUUUGCAUGGGGACUCCUAACGAUGCCCAUAAUAUCGACACUGAACCGGACAUUCCCGGAUCAUACGUUCCUCAUGAAUGGCCUGGUCAUGGGCAUCAAGGGCAUCCUGUCGUUCCUGGCAGCGCCACUGAUUGGCGCUCUUUCCGACAUUUGGGGUCGAAAGUUUUUCCUAUUAGUGACAGUAUUCUUCACCUGCCUACCCAUACCGCUGAUGUCCAUCAACACCUGGUGGUUCUUUGCCAUGAUCUCAAUAAGUGGGGCCUUUGCCGUCACCUUUUCGGUGGUAUUUGCCUACGUUGCCGAUGUGACCACGCCGGAGGAACGUUCCAGGGCCUAUGGUCUUGCCUCGGCCACCUUUGCCGCUAGUCUAGUCAUCUCUCCCGCAUUGGGCAAUGCCCUCAUGGACAUGUAUGGCGACACGCUUGUGGUGGCUCUAUCCACGGCCAUAGCGCUGCUGGAUGUGUUCUUCAUACUGGUCGCUGUGCCGGAGAGUCUCUCGGAGAAGGUGCGACCCUCCACCUGGGGUGCUCCCAUCAGCUGGGAGCAGGCCGAUCCAUUUCAGGCUUUGCGAAAGGUCGGCACAGACAAGACCGUCCUGAUGCUCUGCCUCACUGUGCUGCUCUCCUAUCUGCCCGAGGCUGGGGAGUACUCCUGCAUGUUUGUCUAUCUUAAACUUAAGAUGGGCUUUGACUAUGUGGAGGUAUCCGUCUUCAUAGCCAUCGUUGGCAUCCUCAGCAUCACAGUGCAAGUGACUCUCGGCUCCUUUAUGAAAGUGUUUGGUGCCAAGCGCACUAUCAUUGUGGGUCUGGCCCUGGAAAUUGUGCAGCUGCUGUGGUACGGCUUCGGCAGUCAGAAGUGGAUGAUGUGGUCGGCAGGCGUUGUGGCUGCCUUGGGCUCCAUCACCUAUCCUGCCAUCAGUGCAUGCGUAUCGCUGUAUGCGGCUCCCGAGAGUCAGGGUGCUGUUCAGGGAAUGAUCACGGGCAUGCGUGGCCUUUGCAAUGGCCUGGGACCUGCUGUGUUUGGCGUUAUCUUCUAUCUAUUCAAUGUGGAUCUGAACGAUGACCACGAAAAUUAUGGAAAGAGCAGUGGCAGCAGUCGCGAGACGAAUGUGGAGAAGAUAUCGCAUCAUGUGCCGGGGCCGCCAUUCUUGUUUGGCGCCCUGUGCGUCGUGUGCGCUAUAGUCGUGUCAGCGUUCAUACCCGAGGGCCAGAAUCCCGCAUUGGAGAAGAAACGGGCCUCGCUCGAUGUGCAGUACGAGAUCGAAACUGGCCACAAGGCACCCAGCUCCCUGGCGCCGCUCAUUCGCUCCGAUUCGCUGGCGCAGCUGUAGUCGUCCUAUCCACAAUCCACACAACAACACACAGAAAAACCGCAACAACCGCAGCUGGUGUCUAAAAAUACGUAUAAGCAGAAUAUUUAAGAAUUAACUUUAAUCAAUUUUGUAAUUGUAACGAAUGCUGUAACUAGUUUGGCUUUAGUUAGUCCUCCCCCACCCCCACACACACACUAUGGCUAAGUUCUAUAGAGCGAGAGAGAGAGAGAGUCUCUGCGUCGAUGCCGAAUGAUCAUGCUGCUAUUGCCUUGCCGCCUGAGACUUUCCCAUUCAAGUUAUCUUCUGUUAGUUUCCAUCUUAGCCCGGGUACUUUGUAUUGCAUAAGUAAGAGUUAUCAUCAAGCCCCCACCCGCCGCUUUUAGGAUUCAGUUCAGUUUGUCGUUUGUUUUGUGGCUCAAUGCUGUGGGAAUUCCCUUUCGGCUGGGAACUACACCACAACACAGCAGACGAGUGUUGGAGCAACAACAGAAACUGCCAAAUAAUUAAAACAAAGUAAUUGUAAAUUCGUAAAAAUCUUCUGCGAGAUGCAAAAAUUCAGCACAACAAUUCAGCAAAAACAGCCACAAACCCCUACAACCUACUUUUUAGUUACAAACAAAACAAAAACAAAACAAUUAGGAAGAGGAAACAUCCAAAUAAACUGAAUACUAAGCUUUACUUUGCAAAUUGUAGUGAUCUAAAGUGAUCUAAACUCUAAAGAUAAAACCGAAACUAAUCCGAGUUUCAGCAGAGUCAGCAGUCUACUACCUAUAUAGAAGCUGAGUACCAGGGGAUAUAAAUGUAUAGAUGAGAAAAAGGUAUUGGACACAAAUCAUAAUGUUAGCUGUUAGCGUCGUGCAUGCCUCUAAUCGUGCGUAAAUCACAGGUGUAGUUUUUUAUUUAUUUUGAUAAAGCCAGUACGAAAAACAAAAC